CAGUUGGUUACGGGGUCUCUGUGCCCCGCACGGAGGGGGUUCGGGGUCUCUCUGUCCGGCGCUGAGGGGCCGGCAGUUGGUUACGGGGUCUCUGUGCCCCGCAUGGAGGGGGUUCGGGGUCUCUCUGUCCGGCGCUGAGGGGCCGGGCAGUUGGUUAUGGGGUCUCUGUGCCCCGCACGGAGGGGGUUCGGGGUCUCUCUGUCCGGCGCUGAGGGGCCGGCAGUUGGUUAUGGGGUCUCUGUGCCCCGCAUGGAGGGGGUUCGGGGUCUCUCUGUCCGGCGCUGAGGGGCCGGCAGUUGGUUACGGGGUCUCUGUGCCCCGCACGGAGGGGGUUCGGGGUCUCUCUGUCCGGCGCUGAGGGGCCGGCAGUUGGUUACGGGGUCUCUGUGCCCCGCACGGAGGGGGGUUCGGGGUCUCUCUGUCCGGCGCUGAGGGGCCGGCAGUUGGUUACGGGGUCUCUGUGCCCCGCACGGAGGGGGGUUCGGGGUCUCUCUGUCCGGCGCUGAGGGGCCGGCAGUUGGUUACGGGGUCUCUGUGCCCCGCACGGAGGGGGGGUUCGGGGUCUCUCUGUCCGGCGCUGAGGGGCCGGCAGUUGGUUACGGGGUCUCUGUGCCCCGCACGGAGGGGCUUUACGGGCUCGCUGCCCCGCACGGAAGGGCGGGGCGUUACGGGGUCUCUACUCUGCGCUGACGGGACGUGGGGGCCUUACGGGCUAUCUCGGCCCGACGUGGAGGGAAAGGGGAGUUAUGGGCGGGGUCUCUCUGCCCGGCGCUGGGGGCGUGGCUACGGGCUCUCUCUGCUCGCUCCCUCUUUAGCGCCUGGCGCCAGACAGAGUCACGGAUACGGACCACAGGAAGGACGCGCGGCUCUCAGCCGCCAUACGCGGGGAACUAGCCCCAGCCGUUACCAUGGGCAAUGGGUGGGGCAAAAAGCGGCGCCCGGUCCGCAUUGGCCAGCUCUAGUGGCGGCUGUGGCCAAUCACCGCGCACCCCUGCGGCAGGUCCGGCCCCUGUCAGCAGGGCGCGAUGCUCUCAGCCGGCGGCGCCAGCGAGGACGGGACCGGACGACGCCGAAGGGAGUGAGUGAGCUCGAGAGCAGGACGCUGUUUCUAUCUGAAUUAUCCAAGACAUCCAAACUGCAUCACAUGAAGUCCAAAUCAUUAGAGGAAUGCCUCUGCUUGCACUGACCAGGGGAUGUUUGGAUUCUGAUGUCAGCCCAGUUCUGCAGCUUGACAGGAAUCAGGUGUUGUCCCCAGUGUACAUAAAAUUCUUCUUUGCAGCCAAACUAGUCUAACAUGCCUUUUGUUAACUGGAACUGGAGCAAUAAAACAAAGAAAAUAAAUUCCUCAUUUUCCGGCUUUGUGGGUGAGAGAACAAUAAGUGAAGAUUAUAAUGCUGGAAACUGACAGGCUUCAACCAGCUGCCUCAGGAAUCUGCCAAGAACUUUGCUGAAAAUAUGUUCCUCAUCUUAGCAACGGAGCUGACUUAUCACACAUCUGCCCACCUUUAUUCGAAUGACGCUCUUGAUCUGAGAGCUCAGGCAUUGUCAGUUUCAUCCAGAACAAUUUACAAACUUGGAACCUAAUCCUGUAAGCCCUUAAUCAUUUGAUCAAUCCCAUUGAAGACAAAUGGGACUACUUGCAUGACUAUGGACCACUUUUGUGAACGGGACUGGCCAUAUCCAGAGAGAUGGUGGCAGGCUGUGGUGCUGGAACAUGCCAGGUCAUCAUCACCACUCCCAUGGAGAUGCUGAAAAUCCAACUACAGGAAUCAGGGAGAGUCGGAGCACCGUUCAGUGGUUGGGAAAGAUCAUCGAGAAGUAGCAGCUUUGCAUCUCAACAGCUUGUGAGUGGAAUCCACUGUUCAAGUUCUGACUGCAAACUUGUAGCUGUCAGCUCUCCCCUGACUAGAGCAUACGACAUUGGACCUGCUGCACUUACAAACAGAUUAUCUGCUACACACAUAGCAGAUGCACUUCUGCAUACGCAAGGCAUUAAGGGACUCUACAGGAGUCUUGGAGCCAUUUUAUUGAGGGAUGUUUCCUUCUCCAUCAUCUACUUUCCAUUAUUUGCACAUUUGAACAGAGGAGGACAGGAGUCUCUGGAUGACAGAGCCCCAUUUUAUCAGUUAUUUCUAGCUGGUUAUGUGGCUGGCUCUGUGGCAGCAGUCUGUGUCAAUCCGUGUGAUGAAGGACUGAGAAUCAGCCACUGCCUGUAUAUGAACUGCCUCGGCUCAAACAUCAUAUCACCAACAAAAAUGUGGUGAUAUCCUUCAUCAUUGUAUUGUUGCCACCUAGGUAUCGACAGCUGUGUGCACCCAUGAGGGAAAUGGCACUGGUGAGCUAUACAAGUGGGAGCCAUUCUUAGCUCACUGCCAUGAUAUAAAUGUCAAUACACUUUCACCUAGAUCAAAGGCAUUUAGGUUUCUAAAUUCCACUGAUUUCAGUGCAGUGGCAUGGGGCUGGAAGUCUGUCUUGCCAGUGAUCUAAGGACUCCGACCAUUAGAAUAUAUUCUUAGCUUUUAAUAGAUUGUGAAGCAUUAGUUCUGAAUUAGAUAGACAUGCUGCUGCCACAAGUUUACAUUUGUGUUUUUUCGCUCUCUGUCAUGAAAGCUGAAUGUGUAUAGGGAAAACCGUUCUGUGGUAAAUGCCGUGUUUGAGAGCCUGGUAACAAAACCAAUAUAUAUUGUCUUCUAUUUUCAGGAAAAUUUGAUGGAAGGAGGGUCCCUCUGCCUUCCUGAGAGGGGCUGGCUGCAGAACAUUAGUCACUGCUCCUCUCUUUGGUAUCCCAAGUCAUUUACUUUAUUGGAGUAGGGGAGUUCCUUGUUGAGCUUUCCCAAUAUGGCAGAUUUUCAUCCUAACUCCUCAUGCCAUGGACAUGUUGGAACAGAACCUGCAAGAAUCAUCGAUAUAGAGAGGACCCAAGAAACAAAUGGCAACUCAGAUUGAUUUACUUACAUUCUUAGUGAAUUUGGGGUUCCCUGAAUAUACUGUUACUAAUCAACUAAAGUUAAUGGAAAGUUGGGACAACGUAUCCCCUGGGCUGCUGCUCAGUGUUGCACCCCAGCUUGGGGAUGCUGUACGUCUCCUUUUCAUGGCAUUUUCUAUUAUCCUUUUGCACCAAGAGUCAGACUUGUGACACCAACAACCAGUGCAGUACAGGAGUCUGCAUAUUGUUAGUGUAUGAGAAUGUCUCCCAGUGCUAAAGGUUCUAAGAGAUAUAAAUCUCUAUAUGUGAAACGACCAUUGCUGCUUUACUGAAUUUUGUGUACUUUUCAGAGGGUAGCGUGAUCAGACAUUAGGGGUAGUUGAUUUGGAACUUCAGUAGGUGGUGGAAUUUAAUGGGGCAGGUUAAAGACUUCAGUCUUACAUGGAGGUUAAGGACAUGCUGUUGAAGGCAUAGAUAUAUAUAUAUUUAAUGAAGGGAACAUGAACAACACAUUUUCUAAUGGGUUUGGAGCCAAGUCUUUCUCUAUUAGCUGCACUUGAUUAUCCAGCUACUGGACUAGAAAGGUCUGUCUUGGUAUUUCUCUUUGUUCUCUGUUCCAUCAAUGCUGUUUCAUUAAUUCACUCUUUACAAUUAAUUGGGAACAGAAGGCUAUGGCUUAUAAAAAGUCAUAGUUUACAACUUGGAGCAUUUCCUUGUAAAGAAGGUGGUUGCUUUGGUGACUGCUAAAAACAGAAGCCAUUUCAGACCAUACAUGCAUAGUAGGCAAACUACCCUAGAUAGGCACAUCCUGUACAAGGCCUACUUAUCACUUACAAUAUGGGUUCUAGAGUGAGCCCCGAAUGGAUUUUGUAUGCUCAUAAACCCUAAUUGUUCAGCAGACAUAGGUGCUACUUGAACUUGUUAGCAUAACUCACUCCAUACUUGAACUUCUCAGCAAUAAAAGACCAGUUCUUCCCUCAAACAAACAUACAGUGCAACCACUGAAUUUGCUAGGAGCUGCACCUGAGGAUAAAACUGGAUCAAAAGUUUUUAACCAUGUUAAAAUAUUACCUUUGAUUAUAUUUAGCCAGUUCUUUUCCUUGGCAGUGAGCUCAUGUAAUGGCUGAUCCCAGUUUUUUCUUUGUUGUUUGCAGAGGAAUAAACUGGUCAGUAUCUUUGGCCCCUUCCCCAAAUCCACUGUGUGCAGUCUGCAAUUUAAAUGUAUAUGGUGCAAGGAAAGCUUGAAGCCCUCUAUGACAUUAAUGGCAACUUUGUAGAAGCCAUCCAUACCCUGUGCCUGCCAUACCACCUUGCAGUAAAAGCUAGUGAUCCUUCUGUAUUAAUGAGGCAUAUUUUUUCUUUGCUGCAGCCCUGCGUGGCCCCCGCACAGUCCUUGGAUAAGUGAAAGGAGUGAGAUUGGCUUGGGCAGAGGAGAGAAGGGACUGAAUGGCCCUCUUCCAGCUCUGACUUCUCCAAUUCUGAUAAUAAAAUAGAUGUGUGAAUGCUA